UGGUAGUUCGAGUGGGCAAGCCCACUACCAUCCCCGGAGUGGAAUGUCAAGGUCCCGGUGGCCCGUGUAAUUGUUUGCAGCCGCAGGGAUUCGAAGCCGGAUUAUUGAGCAUCAUAGCACUACGCUAGCCCUCAGCCGGACAUCGUCCUUACCACUAGCCCACGGGUUGAGUUGGGUAUAGCUAUCUGUUGGUUACCAUUUGAAAACAACGUGGCAUAAAAACAAUAGUGUCAACAAAUACACACAUUUGAUCGACCAUAACCGCACAGUUCAAACCCUUACAGAGCUCAAGAACUGACUGGAUCUGAAAAUGGCGAGGAUGUACAAGAAGCUGGCAAUUUUUGGCUGUGAAGGAGGACGUGAAUGGGACGACGAUGCACAAGAAGGUUUGAGAAAAGUGUAUGUUGGGCAAGAUCUCUCACGUAUCACUUACAUCGAAUUCGAAUACGUGAAGGAAGACGGUGAAGUGGUAACACGUGAAUAUGGGACAAUAAGUCAAGACCCUAGAGAGGUUCCCAACUGCAUUUACCCUCCAUUCAGACUGACAACUGGUCCUACGACGUCGCUAAUAACGCAACGACCAGACCCUUUCCUUUUUCUGGUACAUACAGAUGCACAAUUGGCAUGAUCACAUUUUCCACUUCCCUCUCCGAAUAACUCAAUACAGGUGGGUUGUUUUCCUCCCUUAGCAAUCGACACUACACCUGUUAUUAUAGUAGUUAAAAUAUAACUUUAGUCUUUGUAUUUAAAAUACAUGCUUAGACAUU